AUUUGUGCGCAUGCGUCACAAUUUCCAAGAUGUCUUCUUCCUUGGACCUACGACAAAAACUGAAUCAACUACAAAUUAGCAUUCAAGAUGAAAACAGAGCGAGGAAAGAGAGGCCUUCUAUUGAUUUUAAUUUAGAAUCACCUAAAAUGCCUCGGCAGAGGCCAGCUCUUCAACUAAAUCACAAUGGAGGGUUAUCACCGCACGCAAGGAGGGACAAGAAACAAGUACAAAUGCCGCUAACAUGUGGACCUAUCAACAGAAGUACAAUAGACGGGCCUGAAAUUGACAGGAAGUUGCAGGAAAUAAUGAAACAGACUGGACUUUUGACAACAGAGGGCAAGCGUUAUCACAUCAAUGUGGAGAGUCUUGAGUCGAUAGGGGAACUUGGUUUUGGAAGCUGUGGCCAUGUGAUUCGUAUGAGGCACAAGGAGAGCGGUACAAUACUAGCGGUCAAGCAAAUGCGGAGAUCCGGAAAUAAAGAGGAGAACAAGAGAAUUCUAAUGGACUUGGAUGUUGUACUCAAAAGUCAUAAUUGCCCUUUCAUCGUGCAAUGCUUAGGGGCCAUAGUAACGCCUGUAAGUAUACACCAAGGUCAUAGGUCAUUUGUCUUUCGUUAAUCCAAUGUGUCCGCC